GGACCAGCGCUAAAGGUCGGGAUUCACCUCUUCCGCAGCAGCCAUGCUUCGUUCUUUCCGACGCCUGCAGCGCUUUCACUGCCAUCUCCGGACAUUGCAGCCAGUCGGCGUGGCGUGUAAAGGUGCCAGCGUCCCGUGCAGGAUGGCCAGCUCAGGGUUCCGAGUGGAACGGGACACGUUCGGCGAACUCAAGGUGCCCUCGGACAAGUACUAUGGCGCCCAGACGGUCAGGUCCACCAUCAACUUCCAGAUCGGAGGACCGUCGGAGAGAAUGCCGCUUCGUGUCAUCCAGGCCUUCGGGGUCCUGAAGAAAGCGGCGGCGGUAGUCAACAAAGACUACGGCCUGGACCCGAAGAUAGCCGACGCCAUUUGCCAGGCGGCGGAUGAAGUCGCGUCGGGCCAGCUGGACGAUCACUUCCCUCUGGUGGUGUGGCAGACCGGCUCCGGCACCCAGACCAACAUGAACGUCAACGAGGUGAUCAGCAACCGGGCUAUUGAGAUUCUCGGCGGGCAGCUGGGUUCUAAAGACCCGGUCCACCCCAACGACCACGUCAAUAAGAGCCAGAGUUCUAACGACACCUUCCCUACGGCCAUGCACAUUGCCGUUGCCACCGAGGUCCACCAGGUUCUGCUGCCCGGCCUGGAGACGCUGCAUGCCGCGUUGGCGGCCAAGGCGGAGGAGUUUCGAGACAUCAUCAAGAUCGGCCGCACGCACACUCAGGACGCCGUGCCGCUCUCGCUCGGACAGGAGUUCAGCGGCUACGUGCAGCAGGUCAACUACAGCAUCCAACGCGUCAAAGCCGCCAUGCCCAGGGUGUACGAGCUGGCCGCCGGAGGCACGGCGGUCGGCACGGGCCUCAACACCCGCGUGGGCUUCGCCGAAAAGGUGGCCUCCACCGUCUCCGCCCUCACCGGGCUUCCCUUCAUCACCGCCCCGAACAAGUUCGAAGCCCUGGCGGCGCACGACGCCCUGGUGGAGCUGAGCGGCGCCCUGAACACGGUGGCCGUCAGCAUGAUGAAGAUCGCCAACGACGUCCGCUUCCUGGGCUCGGGGCCGCGCUCCGGCCUGGGGGAGCUCAUCCUCCCGGAGAACGAGCCCGGGAGCAGCAUCAUGCCCGGCAAGGUGAACCCCACCCAGUGCGAGGCCAUGACCAUGGUGGCCGCCCAGGUCAUGGGCAACCACGUGGCCGUCACCGUCGGCGGCAGCAACGGCCACUUCGAGCUCAACGUCUUCAAGCCCAUGAUGGUGAAGAACGUGCUCAACUCGGCGCGGCUGCUGGGCGACGCCUCCGUCUCCUUCACCCGCAACUGCGUGGUGGGCAUCCGGGCCAACAAGGAGAGGAUCGAGAAGCUGAUGAACGAGUCGCUCAUGCUGGUCACCGCCCUCAACCCGCACAUCGGCUACGACAAGGCGGCCGCCAUCGCCAAGACGGCGCACAAGAAGGGCUCCACGCUGAAGGCGGUGGCCGUGGAGCUGGGAUACCUCACGGAGGAGCAGUUUGACCAGUGGGUGAAGCCCAGCGACAUGCUGGGACCCAAAUGAACAACACCGGCACGGCGCAGUCCUGCACAAUAAAGGCACGCAAAUGAAUAACUCUUAGGAGUGUUUGGGGGGAAAUGAUUUAAAGGCCUACUGAAACCCACAACUAACAACCAUGCAGUCUGAUUUAGUCAGCCACCUAUUGUGCAAGUUCUCCCACUUAAAAUGAUGACAGAGGUCUGUAAUUUUCAUCAUAGGUACACUUCAACUGUGAGAGACAGAAUGUGAAAAAAAGAAUCACAUUGUAGGAAUUUUAAAGAAUUUAUAUGUAAAUUAUGGUGGUCAACCAUUCAAAGCUCUCACUGACGGAAGGAGGUUUUGGCUCAAAAUCUCACGAUACAUGGCCCCAUUCAUUCUUUCCUUAACACUGAUCAAUCGUCCUGUCCCCUUAGCAGAAAAACAGCCCCAAAGCAUGAUGUUUCCACCCCCAUGCUUCACAUUAGGUAUGGUGUUCUUGGGAUGCAACUCAGUAUUCUUCCUCCAAACACAACGAGUUGAGUUUAUACCACAAUGGAUACAUGGAUGAUACAGCAGAGGAUUGGGAGAAUGUCAUGUGGUCAGAUCAGUGGUCCCCAACCACAGAAGAAUUUUUUUAUUCAUUUUUAUUAUAAAAAAAAAUAUACAUAUAUAUACAUAUAUAUUUUUUUUUAUUAAAUAAACAUAAAAAAAACCCACAAUAUACACUUACAAUUAGUGCACCAACCACAAAAACCUCCCUUUUUCACGUCCGUUUUUCAUGACAAAGAAAAAAAAAAAAGGAUUCCCCUCAACCCCCGGGCCGCAGGACAAAUUAUCAAGCGUUGACCGGACCGCGGAUACAAAAAUGUUUGGGGACCACUGGGUUAGAUGAAACCAAAAUAGAACUUUUUGGUAUAAACUCAACUCGUCGUGUUUGGAGGAAGAAGAUUACUGAGUUGCAUCCCAAGAACACCAUACCUACUGUGAAGCAUGGGGGUGGAAAAACCUACAAAUCCCAUUUCCAUAUGAGUUGGGAAAUUGUGUUGGAUGUAAAUACAGUGGGGCUAAAAAGUAUUUAGUCAGCCACUGAUUGUGCAAGUUCUCCCACUUAAAAUGAUGACAGAGGUCUGUAAUUUUCAUCAUAGGUACACUUCAACUGUGAGAGACAGAAUGUGGGGGGAAAAAAUCCAGGAAUUUACAUGGUAGGAAUUUUAAAAAAUUUAUUUGUAAAUUAUGGUGGAAAAUAAGUAUUUGGUCAACCAUUCAAAGCUCUCACGAUGGAAGGAGGUUUUGGCUCAAAAUCUCACGAUACAUGGCCCCAUUCAUUCUUUCCUUAACACGGAUCAAUCGUCCUGUCCCCUUAGCAGAAAAACCGCCCCAAAGCAUGAUGUUUCCACCCCCAUGCUUCACAGUAGGUAUGGUGUUCUUGGGAUGCAACUCAGUAUUCUUCUUCCUCCAAACACGACGAGUUGAGUUUAUACCAAAAUGGAUACAUGGAUGAUACAGCAGAGAAUUGGGAGAAUGUCAUGUGGUUAGAUCAGUGGUCCCCAACCACCGGGCCUCGGCCCGAUUGGUACCGGGCCGCAGAAUAAUUUUUAAAUUCAUUUUUAUUAUUAAAAAAAAAAUAUAUAUAUAUAUAUAUACAUAUAUAUAUUUUUUUUAUUAAAUAAACAUAAAAAAACACAAUAUACACUUACAAUUAGUUCACCAACCACAAAAACCUCCCUUUUUCACAUCCCUUUUUCAUGACAAAGAAAAAAUAAAUAAAAAGGCUUCCCCCCCCAGCCCCCGGGCCGCGGGACAAAUUAUCAAGCGUUGACCGGACCGCGGAUACAAAAAUGUUUGGGGACCACUGGGUUAGAUGAAACCAAAAUGGAACUUUUUGGUAUAAACUCAACUCGUCGUGUUUGGAGGAAGAAGAAUACUGAGUUGCAUCCCAAGAACACCACACCUACUGUGAAGCAUGGGGGUGGAAAAACCUACAAAUCCCAUUUCCAUAUGAGUUGGGAAAUUGUGUUGGAUGUAAAUACAGUGGGGCAAAAAAGUAUUUAGUCAGCCACCGAUUGUGCAAGUUCUCCCACUUAAAAUGAUGACAGAGGUCUGUAAUUUUCAUCAUAGGUACACUUCAACUGUGAGAGACAGAAUGUGGAAAAAAAAUCCAGGAAUUCACAUUGUAGGAAUUUUUAAAGAAUUUAUUUGUAAAUUAUGGUGGUCAACCAUUCAAAGCUCUCAUUGACGGAAGGAGGUUUUGGCUCAAAAUCUCACGAUACAUGGCCCCAUUCAUUCUUUCCUUAACACGGAUCAAUCGUCCUGUCCCCUUAGCAGAAAAACAGCCCCAAAGCAUGAUGUUUCCACCCCCAUGCUUCACAGUAGGUGUGGUGUUCUUGGGAUGCAACUCAGUAUUCUUCUUCCUCCAAACAUGACGAGUUGAGUUUAUACCAAAAUGGAUACAUGGAUGAUACAGCAGAGGAUUGGGAGAAUGUCAUGUGGUCAGAUGAAACCAAAAUAGAACUUUUUGGUAUAAACUCAACUCGUCGUGUUUGGAGGAAGAAGAAUACUGAGUUGCAUCCCAAGAACACCACACCUACUGUGAAGCAUGGGGGUGGAAACAUCAUGCUUUGGGGCUGUUUUUCAUCCUCGCUCAAAUUAAUGGGGAAAUUGUCGCUUUCUCGGUCCGAAUCGCUCUUACUGCUGGAGGCUCACAUUAUAAACAAUGUGAGGAUGUGAGGAUGUGAGGAGCCCUCACACCGGUGACGUCACACUCUCGUACUUCCUGUAAAGGCAAGGCUUUUUUAUCAGCGACCAAAAGUUGCGAACUUUAUCGUCGAUGUUCUCUACUAAAUCCUUUCAGCAAAAAUAUGGCAAUAUGGCGAAAUGAUCAAGUAUGACACAUAGAAUGGACCUGCUAUCCCUGUUUAAAUAAGAAAAUCUCAUUUCAGUAGGCCUUUAAGUGAAAUGAUCAUGGCGGGGGGGAUAAAACCAGUGGUCAUGCAGCUGCUCCCAAAUCGGUAAAACAAAGAAGCGUUUGUACAACUGCCUUUUUAUGAGAUUAAUAGCAUGUGCCAUCCUAAUUGUCUCCAACUGGACUGUGGUUCACAGCAGUAAUAAAACAAGCAACACCA